GUUUAGAUAUGCCAGCGUGCGGUUUGUUGUGUGUUGCUGUCGGCUCUCUCUCUCUCUCACUCUCUCUCUCGGUGAAUGUCGGUUCAUUUAAAAUCGACACUCUUAUCAUUCACCAAACCAUUUCCUGAUUCUUGAUCCCUGCACAUUAAUAGAGUGCUUGUCUGAGUUACUGAUUUGCUUCUACUUGAUCUCUCUUCCUCCAAAUCCACAAAUCUUGUCAGAUCUCCCUGUUCUGAUCAGUAGAGCUUUUAGUGAAUCCCCACUUCGAAGUACAACUCAAUCAUUAGUGUUAUUCAAAACCUGUUUGAGGAAAUCGUGUUUUAGGAACUGGGUUGUCUUUAGAUCUCAACAUUAGUUCCUUACAAUGUUGGAUCCAGCUAACAAAGGAUCAGAGUCUGAAGAAAUGAGUAGCAAUUCACAAGAAACAGAGAGCCCACUAAAAAAGACUUGUGCUGAUUGUGGUACUUCAAAGACUCCACUUUGGAGAGGUGGUCCAGCUGGUCCAAAGUCGCUGUGUAAUGCUUGUGGGAUUAGAAGCAGAAAGAAGAAGAGGGAUAUUUUAGGGUUGAAUAAAGGGGCAGCAAAUGACAAGAGAGCAAAAAAGGGAAGCAAUAAUAAUGGCUCAAGCAAUAACAACAACAACAAGCAGUUAGGUGAUGGAUCAAAGCAGAGAUUAUUGGCACUGGGCAGAGAAGUUUUGAUGCAAAGAAGAAAGCUGGGUGAAGAAGAGCAAGCUGCAGUGUUGUUGAUGGCGUUGUCUUAUGGGUCUGUUUAUGCUUAAUAAGAGUCGAUAAUAUGUGUUAAUAAGGGGAUUGAGAAUGUAUUAGCUGGCUAGAUUUUAAGUGCGUGUUGUGAUUUGUUGUUAAUUUUUUUUAGUAUUAGUUAUCAUUUUUUUUAGGUGAUUUGGGCUAACAGAGUCUGGGAUUGUUGGUGGAGUCGAGUUGUGUAGCCAUUGCAAGAGCUCCUAAAAUGUUGAGAUCUGAUUCUAUUUUUCCUAACAUAAGUAGAUUUCUUAACUGAAUCA